CGCGGGUCGGUCGCUAUGGAGAGGAGAACCCCAGGAGCGCGAGCCAGCAGCCAAAGAGAGCAGGGACGAGCAAAGCGCACACAUAGGACAGGAACCAUGGAGGAAAGAUCGUCGCUCAGGAGGACUUUGCCAUCUAACGGAGUGCGACUUUUAACAUCACUUCUCACCUUGUACGGACUUACCUCAGGUGCGAGCAGUAACCAGGUGGUUGUUCAUGACAAAGUGAAUGCUGUGCUGGGGAAGAACAUCACGUUGAGCUGCAGAAUAGAGGUGGACGCCAACCUCAGUCUCACACAGAGCUCAUGGGAACGUCGUCUUCCUUCGGGCACCAUCACCUUGGCAGUAUUCAACCCCGAGUUCGGGAUCUCCAUCUCUCCAGAGUACACCAAAAGAAUCUCGUUUGUUUCCCCCUCUGCAAGAGAUGCUACCAUUACCAUUGGAGGAGCUAGUUUUGCAGAUAUUGGGACCUACAUCUGCAAAGUGGCAACAUUUCCCCUGGGCAACACCCAAGCAUCAACUUAUGUUAACGUAUUAGUGGAGCCGAAGGUCUAUGUGUCCGCCGGCCCCACAGCUCUGCUGGAUGGUGGGAACGAGUCACUGGUCGCCACCUGCAUAGCUGAGCGUGGCCGUCCUGCUGCUGAGGUUUUCUGGGAGACGGAGCUGUAUGGAAGAAGUGAGAGGCAAAGUCAGGAUGAGCCCAACGGCACCAGCACUGUGCGUGUUCACUACAUGUGGCAACCUCAGAGCUACGCCCAGGGCAAGACCCUCACCUGUGUGGUGCGCCACCCAGCCCUGCAAACAGAGUUUCGCAUACCCUACAUACUCAAUGUUCAGUUUGCACCAGUGGUAUCAGUAAUAGGAAUUGACAAAAAUUGGCAUGUGGGUCAAGAAAAUGUGAAGUUCACCUGUGGUGCCAAAGCCAACCCACCUGCCCAUCACUUCACAUGGAUCAGGUUGGAUGGACUGAUGCCCGAGGGUGUUGAGAUCUCAAACAAUAGCUUUGCGUUCACUCGCCCGUUGGAUCGCAAUGACUCUGGUGUAUAUCGCUGUGAGGUGAUAAACGACAUCGGUCUCCGCAGUCACGACGUAAACCUUUGGGUACAAGAUCCACCCCCCACCACGGCCGCCCCCAGCACCACUGCUUCCCUUCCCCACGACACCUCUGGAACUGGCACUGCUGCGGACCAGAAGAAAUCCCCGUUCUCCUCCCCGACACUGGCCUCCUUACCUGAUAGCAGCCUGGGUACUAUAGUUGGUGGUGCUGUGGGUGGAGUUUUAUUCCUGAUACUCUUGCUGAUCCUCGGUGGGGCUUGCUUCAUGCGACAGCGCCGGACCUUCAGAGGAGACUACUACACCAAACAGUACCUGGGACCGUCCGACAUGCAGAAGGAGUCCCAGCUUGACGUGCUGCAGCCACACGAGCUGCAGGAGGUCUAUGGGGACAAGACGAGCAAGGGCAGCCAGGAUCUGAAACCCAAAAUGGGAGGAGACAUCAUUUACCCCGACUACACCCCAGAACGCAAUGACAGGGAUGACUGGGCCGACAGGGGGGAUGCCCACAGGGUCCUGAAGGAAGGAAACUACUACCCAGAUCACUACAACACCCAAAACAUUCACCCCUGCGGGCCUCCUGUGCAUAGUCCCAUUGUGAACAACGGCUCCCCCUACCUACCGGAGGACUGUUAUGAUAACGGUACAGAGAGCGACUACGUGUCCCACUUGGACGGAUCUGUGAUCUCACGCAGGGAGUGGUACGUUUGAGGAAAGGAUCGAAAGAACAAGAGAAACAGACAAAUGACUGACUGAGGAUAAUUUAACAAGUGACAGAUAGAAAUAUCACUAAGGGUUGUGUCAUUUCAGUUUGAGGAUGAAUACAAUUUCUCAGCUCAGUUUCAAAAUGAGCUCUUUGAACAAUACUGCUCUGCCUUGAUUGUAACCACUUAACCUUAAGGACAUGUAUGUGGAUUGUAUUACACUUUUUUGUAGUGUUUCAAGAAGCUGCAAAUGAGCUGGAACGCCUUAGUGACACUAUCAGUGUAGGCUUGAGAGGCUUUGGCAUACAGCGGAGUUUCAACUGAUGUGAAUGAGGUUUUGUAUUGUGCUUGUUUGUGUUUGCACCUGUCUUUAACGCAGGUCACAGGUCAGGUGUUCAGACCCUGGUAAGUCAAGUAUUUAUAUCCCUGACUGACUGAGCUCUGCUCCCAUAAAACCUCACAACUUCUGUGGCAUUUUCAAAAUGGUCUCUCGAUCGCUUACAGUGUUUACAUACACGUGAAAUGUUUGUCAUGGCUGCAAUCAGUAUUUAAAGCAAAUUGUAUUGCAUGAGUUUUAUAAAAGCAAAAUGUGUCAUCACAUGAAAGGGAAAGCUUGUCAGUUCCACAAUGUAAAAGGGAGAAUUGCACUGGUAUUAUUCUGUGCGGAAAAGCAAACUGACUGAUGUAUGUUACUAAAAAAGAAAAGGAAGAAAAAACGCUGCCCCAUAUAACCCUCCGGUUAAGUUCUUUAGUGGCUUGUGCAAACUUUAAAUAUCUUCUAAAUUAUUCAUAAAAUGGAAAGCCUGUUAGCUGACAGUUAAGAUGACAACAGAGAAAAAACGAAAAAAAGGUCAGUCCCUGUGGAAGCACUCUUACUUUUUGCUUCACUUCAGCUUAUUUCUGUUCCUAAAGUUGUUAUGCUUAUGACUUCAGUCCUGGUUGAUUUGCAGUAACAGCAAGUGUGGUUAAAUACUACAGCAACUUUGUCGGAAAUACAAGAAGAGCAACUGGUGCAACCAAACAAGCUGACUAAUAAAGAAGUCGGUCAGUAAUAAUUUCUACUCUUGAUCUAAUAGUUCGUUGCAGCUGAUCCUUCUUGUUUCAUUACUUGCUCUUUGAAAACAAAAAAUGAUCUGCUGAGAAAAAAUGCGAAAAUGGCUGUUGACUUGUUUUGUAGACACAUUUUUGAUGAAUGGUUGUGAGAAAUACAGACUCUGCUACUUCCAAGAGAAACUGAAGAGGUGUAAAGAUAAUUACUGAACACGAAUACAUUGCAGACAAUAUGCUGACCGUCGAUAGUAUCAGAAACUGGGUUUGAUUUUACAAUUUAAAAUACACGCUUAUCGUUAUGGAAAUGUGUUAAUUCAGUCACUGAAAAAGUGAAAAAGCACAACUCUCUUAUUACAGUUGUCAGUACACAUCAAAGGAAGCCAACUGAGCCUUUGCCUUCUCCACUUUGCCAUGAUAACAGGCUGCAUGGCUGUUUUUUCCAUUUUCCCUCUUCUGCAUCCUCUGAUUUCUGUCUGCAAGACUAACACCAAUUGGUCAUUAUAGUUUUUAUUUUAAAACGUGGGUUCAAAGCAAUGUGUAAUAAAUACCAGAUGUGACUAUCACAGCUGUCAUCGUCUGACGUUAUGUGGCUCCAUAAACCACCAACAGUUUCACUGCUCCCGCUCGACACUCCACAGUUAGAGAGUCGUGAUGGUAAAUAAGCAAAAUACUUGUUGAAAAAGAGGUCAGAGAGCUUAGAGAAAA